AGAGCAGUUCAACAGAACACUGCUGCAUGCAUGUGUGUAUAAGAGAGACAGAUAGAAAGAGGCCCUUGACGAUGAGAGUGUUUCUUUAUUUGUGUGCCGCUAUGUAUGAAUGUGAAGAUGAAGAUAUUUGCACACAUGCACAUUUAUAGAGAAAGAAAACCGGAUCAAAAGAUAGGCAGAAGAAAAGUGUGGAUGCGCUCCAGUAGCACUGGACUAUCAGGUUCUCAUCAACAGCUUCUCAGAGCUUUCAUCUGAUCAGUAAUGCUGGACUGACCCUACAGAAGCUGGCAAGAGGAACACUUUAGAAAACAUGACAGCAGGUGUGGUCUUUGCAUUAUUCAAUCUGGCUUUACUCCAGGUUGUCUCCUCCUGCCCCAAAGAGUGUUCAUGUGACACUCACACUAAAGCGGUAGACUGCAGGGGACAAAGUUUGUAUGAUAUUCCUCGCAAACUCCAUCAAGACACCCUGGAGCUGUAUCUCCAAAACAACCGUAUCCGAGGCCUAGGCUCCAUGUCCUUCCGGGAGACACCACAACUUCAAAUUCUGGACCUGGCCAACAAUUCAAUCACAAUGCUUUCGCCCAGUGCCCUUUUGGGACUUAAAGGUCUAAAGGUCCUCCGCUUGGCCAAUAACUCUAUUCGGGAGGUGGAUCGGCGUCUUCUGGUUUCCAUAAGAAAUCUAACUCUCUUGGACUUGUCCUAUAACAGCAUAGGAGGUUUACCUGGAGCUCUGGCUGACAGUUUCCACCAUCUGACACACCUGUCACUCCAAUACAACCAUUUGACCAAGUUGGACCGUGUUCUCUUGGAGGCUUUAGGAAAUCUGAAAGUUCUUCAUUUGAAGGGCAAUCCCUGGAGAUGUGACUGCCAUCUGAUAGGACUCAAACUAUGGUUGGAAAAAUUUGCCUUUAAAGGUGGAGAAGUUGAUGACAUCACAUGUGUCCAACCUCACCUCAUGCAGGAGCGAGAUCUUCGUCACGUUCCCUACGAGCUGUUUCACGCCUGCAUGAUCACCAGCUACAGCUACCUGUUCGCCAACAUCCACUAUCUGGACGGCAAGCAACGCGGGCUCAGUGGACAGCUUCACUCGAGCUCCAGAGCUCCGUCCGCCAGCGAUUUUGGCCUUCUGGGAGAGAACAUGCUCCCCGAGUGUGAGGCCAAACACAGACCACGUCCCGUGAACUACAGACAUGCGAUAGCAACGGUGGUCAUCACAGGAGUGGUUUGUGGCAUUGUGUGUUUGAUGAUGUUGGCGGCAGCUGUCUACGGAUGCGCUUACGCAGCAAUUAAUGCAAAGUAUCAAAGAGAGCUAAAGAGGAAAAUGACAGAGGCUGAUAGAAAAGAUGAAGAGCACUGAGAGAGAGAGAAAGUGAGCAAGAGGAUAAAAGAGCACAUAAAACACAAAUACACUAAUAUCAGAUUCAAGUGUCGAAAUACAGUUCAACAUUGUAUCAACAAAGCCCUGUCUGAGUGAGUAUGCAAUGAAUCAGUUUACUGGCAGCCACAACACAGUAAUUCUAAAUAUAUCUUACUAAGCAGCUGUGAAAGCUUCAGUCUAUAACAGAUCUCAAAUAAGCAAUAACAUAUUGUAUGACAGCAAUAGUACCACAGAUUUAGAUUCUUUAGCUGAAAUCUGACUACACUGAUGUGCGGAAAAUACAUAAACUAAAACAAGACUGUUUUUCCUGAUGGAUGGGACUUAUUCACUGUGUUUUCCUCAUCUUACUGUCUUCCUGACACCUUUGUGUUGUGGGUUGCGACCCAGUACCAGGCCAUGGACACCGGGUUUGGAACAUUUGGAAAGUUAGAUUCAAUAGUAUUAUAUUACUUAUUGUGUGUCAUGCAGACAUAACUUUUGUACUGGGUCUCUCUCGCUCUCUCUACCAGUGCAUCUGCGAUCACAAAGCUUUGCUAUCAUUAGAGUUUGAACAUACUUUCAAACACAAUCGAUCCAAGAACUGCACAGGAAUAGCUCCAUGAAUCAUUUUAAAAUGUACCUUGCAAAUCAUACAUGUCACUAGGCUACAUGAAGAGGAUCAAGUCAGUGACAUUGUAAAUGCAGGCUUCUGGAAAAAAUACGGAAAUAAAAUGAGGCUAUGUUUACACGUGGGAGCUAUUGUCAUAAACGGACAUUUGAACCUCUCCGGUUUCAAAAAUAAUAACGUGCACACGUCAGUUUUCAGAAAAGUGUUAAUUUACACGUGCAUAUAUGCCAUCAAGAGAAGCUCAAGCCCACGUAAGCCAAUCACCAGCGGCGCUGGUGGUGACGCGGACUGGUUCUUCGUGUUGGAGGAAGGAGUUGUUGCAGUAGGUAUUUGAUGAUGUCAAAGUACCGUGGUGAGAGCGAUUCAAAAUUAGACCUCUACGUGUGAUUUCUCAACUCGCUCUCAUCAUCCGCCUAUUGGUUCUUGCAGAACACGCGUAAAAUUGCUGACCUCCGAGCACUCGUCUCUGCUCCUCGACAUAAUGGAGCAGCUGUAUUUGCAAAUUCAAACACACAAAACGACUUUUCAGGAACAUAAAUGUUCAGAGUAGCAGUCACAUGUAAACAUAGGUCACACUUUUGACGUAGGUGCGAGCUCUGGCCCAUACUGUGACGUUGGCCGCCUAAACAUCUGCUUGUCUCAGUUUACAUGCAAGUGUGCAAACAAAGGUUUUCAAAAUAUUCCCUUUGGCCGGAGUUUUUAGAAAGAAUCGGUUUCAGAGGCGAAAUCUACGUUUAUGUGUAAACGAAAUGCGCAAACGAAUGUAAAUGUCUCCGUUUUCCAAAAUAACCAUGUACGUGUAAAUGUAGCCUGAAUCUGAACUGUACUGCACUUGAAACAAUGAAAAUUAUUGCCAAAAUAUUCUACUAAAAUAAAACCAUUAUUAAUUUUCCUAAUGGAUGCCCAUUAAACCACAGUUCAGCCUGUGAUUACUGGACAUAAUUACCACCAAUGGGGAUUUAAAAAUUCAAAAGUGGAGGAACAAGGUCAGAAAGAGGAAAAAACACAGCUAACUUUCCACCUUCAGGAGAUACUUUUUAUUUCUAUCAUGACUACACUGUAAAUAAAUGAAACUAGGCUGUAGUAUGAUUUGUCAUGAGCUUUUUGCUGACCGAAAUAAGAAGAAAUACUCACAGAUCCUCGCUCAGUGAACAAAAGCAGACUCUUCUGAUGAACAACGGUUGCUUGAAAGGCUGUGCCUCAGCACAGUGAUGUGAUGUGAAAUGUCUGUCGUUGGUUGUUUACAGAACAUAUGCACAACCUAAACCAGGCAACAUUGUGGCAGAAUUGUGACAACCUCAAUCCACAACGUAGAAACCCCAGCCUUUUGCUCAUGAUGUUACAACGUUGUUAAAAAGUUGGCUACAUUGAGACAACAUUCUGUGUCUGCUGGGUGGUUCUUCCAUUUUGAACGUUAUGCAAAGGAGGAUUUUCAGCACUAACAGACACUAAUUAGGGAACCCUGAUCAAAAGUACUAUAUUAGUUUCUACAGUUACUCCAAAGAUAUAACAUAUCUAAUUGAGUUGUUUCUUUAGAAACCAUCACUUUUUGAGAAGUGAAGUGAGUGUUAUGUUAAAGUAAAGAUUUGUUCUUUGUCAUUAUUGAAACCUGUUCACAAACUUUUAUUAUCAUUUAGUCUGUUUGCUUCUUCUAGGGAUGCAGAACAACACACUUUGCUACAUUUACACAUUUGACAGAUGCUUUUAUUCAAAGCAGUGUGUCAAAAGCUAAAAAAAUUUUAUCAGUAUUUGUGUUCCCUGGGUUUGAAUCCAUGACCUUUUGCGUUGCAAAUGUAAAGCUCUACCACUAAAUAUACAGUUUUAAAAGCAACAAUUAUAUACUGAUGGUUUCUUUUAUCAUUGUGUGCAGCCGAUUAUAAAACAAUUUUUGUUUGUGAACAAGGUCUCAGUCUGUGUUAGGAAAACUAAUAUCUGUGAUAGAAGCCGUCUACACUGUGAUAUACAGCUGAACUUCUUGCUUUAAUGGGUUUGUGUGAUACACUGCACAAUAUUAUACAGCCAAGCAAGAAAAUACUUCUGAAGUAAUAAACACAUCUUACACAACAUCUCACUGUACGACUUGUAGAAAUACAAUGCAGCGUUAAUGAGCUCAUGUUAAUGUAGAAACAUUAUUUGUGUUUUUUUAAAAUGCAUGUGUCACACUACUAGUCACAUGAACUAAUAAAUACCACAGGUGGUGAAGAAUAAACACAUACACAUCAUUACACAAAUACACAAUUAUCUACAACACAAUAGGUUCAGGUCCUUACUGUAAGUAGCAAUAUUUGUAUAUGUUUGUGAUCAUAUAGAUAAAUUAUGUGUUUAUUAUCCCUGUGUUCUAGAGUUAGGAAAAAUAAUAGAAUUUCAUACAUAUAAAUUUUUUUCAAAAUGUAAAAAUAUAGGAUUUAAUUUGAUAUUGUUGUGUGUCUCCAGUGUACAGUGAAUUAUGUGCAGUAGAGGAUGAAAAUCUGCCUGUUCUACUUCAUUCCUCUGUCACUUAUAAUAUAAAUCAUUUGUGCUUCAAUGAAUGUGUGUGUUUGUGUGUGAGAGAAUGAGUGUUUACUGGUGUGUUUAUGUGUGUUGUGUGUGUGAGAGUGAGUGAGUGACUGAGAGAGAGAGAGCGUGUUGUGUGCACGCGUGCCUGUGUGUGAUAAUGUUGUGUAUAUGCAGGUUUCAGGUUGCUACCUCUGCAUUAUAUAAACAUCUCAGCUGUUCAUAUAAUUCAAGUCACUAAAUAACUUUCUCUAUUAUAUAAAAGUUUAAACCUGCAAAAAUUUUGUUUUUUUGAGGGUGGUGUUGGGGGAUAGUAGUUGGGGGAUAGUAAAUCAUUCUGGAUUUUUGUUGUUGUUUAUUUUUUUCUGUUUAUAGAAGACUGAAAAACUAUAGAAAAGUCAAUAAAAUACUUUAAGAAUCAAACAAGAGCACGUCAUUGGUCAUCAGUGUAUCACCAGGUUUGAAUCUGUUCUGUGUACUGUAAUGUGAGAUCUCUUGGGAAAACCAGCAGUGGUGUGAAACCUUAUGUGUGUGGUCCUGGUGCCUCAACGGGAGCUGAUCUGUCAUUAAUUUAAAGUUUC